AUGGUUGCCAGUGUAAAUGAUGUGAGCGUUGCAUUUGGACCUGUCGUUCAGGACGGUGUCGGUGUAUGCUAUAACAUCUUACCUGAUAAGAUGCUUAUCUCCACUUCUGCCUUCCGGAAUGCCUCUCAACCAGCCUCGACAAUCGGUCCCUCCCCAGAUAGUCUAGCACUCGAGCUUGGACGUGCCUUUGACGAUAUGAUUGAGCUAGUAGUAGACAAUGAGCAUUUGGGCGCCAACAAAGUCAAAUCUGUUUAG